AUGAGCAAGCUUUUCGUCACCCUCACGACGGCCGCCGCCGGAAUCACCCUCUUCGGAGCCAUCAUCACCCUCGGUGUCAUCUUCAACGACAUCAACCGCUUCUACGAUGAUGCCAUGCUUGACGUGAAGGAGUUCAACACCUACUCGAACGCCGCCUGGACCGACAUGGUCGUCGCCAGCACCCCGGCCAACGGUGCCAGCCAAGCCAACCUUAACACCAUCUUCGGCCGCCACAAGCGCUCGGGCAGCCAGUGCAACUGCGGCGCCCAGCCGACCGGAUGCCCCGCCGGACCCCCCGGACCCAAGGGAGAGGCCGGACAGCCUGGAGAUGAUGGACAGCCAGGAAAGCCCGGAAACCCGGGACAGUCUGGCCAAUCUCAGGCCGCCGAGAUGCUGCCCAAGGAGUGCAUCAAGUGCCCGCAAGGACCUCCCGGACCCCAGGGACCCGAUGGACCCUCUGGAAACCCCGGACAGGACGGAAACCCCGGCCAAGACGGACAGGCCGGACAGGAUGGACAGCCCGGACAGGAGGGACCCGCCGGAGAUGCCGGAAGCGAUGGACAGCCUGGACAGCCCGGAGGACCCGGAGCCCCUGGACAGAACGGAACCCGCGGAACUGGACGCCCUGGAGGCCCGGGACAGCGUGGACCCGCCGGAGCUCCUGGACAACCUGGACAGGAUGGCCAAGACGGACAGCCCGGACAAGACGGACCCGAGGGACCCGCUGGACAGGCCGGAAACGACGGACAGCCCGGCAGCGAUGGCCAGGAUGGACAGCCCGGAUCCGAUGGAACCCCCGGCCCCGAUGCCGCCUACUGCCCUUGCCCGCCAAGGACCGCCGACAUCACCUCCGGAGGUGCCGCCCAGGGAGGAUACCGCCGCAGACUC